AUGGCGUCUGUUGGAAGAGGGCUUCUCUCCCGUUGCGCCUUUCAAAAGAUUCCGUCGCCGCCGCCGCGAAACUCUCCGGCCGUCGUGUGGUUCGAUCAGGGGAGGUCGUCCGAUCUCUGUCGGCCCUGCCAUGGUCUCCACCGGGGUGAGCAAAGGCGCGCAGUUCCACGGGGAUAUAAUUCCUUCAGCUCUGCGCCGGAGGAGGGGGAGGAGGUUUGUAAAUCGAAGAGUUCGAACGGAAUCGGUUCUUUGUCGUCCUUGUUUGCCAGGCCGUCUUCAUCGAGAGCCCCGGAGUUUGAUGGAAAGACUGCCGGAGUUAAACCCCAGGGUAUGGGGAUCCGCCGGUGCUUUGCCGAGCGACAACGGAGGACGAGAUCGGAAGAUCGUGAAUCCUCCGUGGAAGUCCAAUGCACGGGAGAAGUAUUGGUAGAGAUGUUUUUGCUCGUCAGGCGUCUGAACGAGGAGGGAUAUCUGAAGAGCGUGAGCUUCUCGCAGGGGCUGGAUCCCCAGCGAGUUCCCGUUAAUGGCUUCGUACGAGGAGUAUUGAUGACUGCGGCGCAAAGAUUCGGGGAAGACCACCAGGAGAUCGCCAAGUAAGUACAACUCGCUCCUCUGAGUACUCUAGCACUUGCGACCUAAAUUGUCAAAGCACAACAUAAUCUACUACGCCUUCUGCCGUGCAUUCUUUCCAAGAAGGAACAUAUCUUUUUCAGAGUGCUUAUGAAACCGUGCUAACUUCAUCGUAUAUCGGUUUGAAACUCGAUUGUUCGUUCUACUGAGAAAAUUCUACAACCCUAUGUUGAUGUCGCAAACAGAUUCAUCAUCCUAUGUUGAUGCAGUGUGAGAUCUUCAUCACCCACUGGCAAUGCUAAGGAUAUCCUCCAUGAGAUCUUAUCUCAAAUGAAUGGAUUACAGAUUGAAUUCCGUUAGACUUAUCAUUUUUUUGGGCCUAAUUUUUUGGCUCAUUAAAUCUAUAAUCUCCCCUAAAUCUCUCGUUAGGUGCAAUCAUGUUCUUCAAUAGUGUGCCACGCUGUUCUUCCUUCCACAUCUUCCAACAAGUAAUGAUAGACAUGUCAUGAGAGUCUGAAGGUUUGGGAUAAUUUUGGUAAAACGAGCAUCAUAUAUUUUGUUUUCCUACAAAUGGAGACAACACAGUAGAUAAGUAUCUGCUCAGGCCCCCAUGAACUUCUAACCCUAGUGCUUAGAUCUCAAAAGACUGCUCCCCAUUAAUGCGCCUCUUGUCCUUGGGGUGAAAUGGAGCUCGUUGAAUGGCUGGCAUCAUUCAAUGGAUGCGGUGGGGCUAUGAUUCUUCUUGAAUUCAAGACCCUUUGAACGAAAGUAAAGACUGCAGCAGUAGUCCAUUUUGGAUCAUAGAUCUUGACGAUGUCUGAGGUCCCGGAUUAUUAUGAUUUUUUAUUUUAAAAGUGGGAUUUUCUGUGAUUCUGUCUGCCUGGCCAGUUUCUUGAAUCAAUUCUCUCUCCCUCUGAUCCCUCCCCCCUUACUUUCAGAAGAUUUCAGUCCUUUCUGCGUCUCUGACGCGAGCAACCUCACUGCAUGAACAGAUGGCUGUCGGGAAGUAGCUUGAAGAAGGUCGCCCUGUCGGGCUGUCCCUGCACAGAGAGGAAGACCGUCUUCGCAGCCAAACGGCUAAGAUCCUUUUUCUGCAUUCAAGAAGAUGUGGUAAACCCUGCUUUACCAAGUGAAGUCACUAUUCUUCGUAUAUAUCUAUACUUUUGUAUGAUUAUUUGCCAUUUUUUGAGGCCUUCCUCUUUAGAUAUGCAGAGGGUGCCCGAUGAAGAACUCGUGCAAAUUCGCGAACCACAGCGUCAGCAGAGAACAUAAAUUGACAUUAGCCGACGCGAUGAGGGUUCUUACUGCGUAUGCCUGUGGCUAUGGUGCUCCCCAGGCACUGAAAUCGCAGGAGCUGUGUCUUGCUGUGGGCAGAUCUCUGAAGGAGGUGAUCAGCCUUGCCGCUUGA